GACACUGGUAAUCAAUAUGGCGACGCCCACGUGGAUUUUGUUUCUGUACGCAUCUGCAUUGGGUGCUGUUCCGCCGGUCUGAUUUAUUUUGUUUCAGUACGAGUGAACAUCAGUUCUCUGUUCAGUCGUCUUUUCAUCAUGAAACAGAGAACCAAUAACAAGCUUCCAAACAACCUGCCCCAGUUGCAGAACCUUAUUAAAAGGGAUCCGCUUUCGUACAAAGAUGAGUUCCACCUUCAACUCCAGUACUACCAGUCACUCCUGCAGGCAUUUCGUCUGCAUCCCACGGAACAGAACAAGGCGCUCGAGGAGCUUGUCAUGUUCCUCGCGCAGGUCAGCCAGUGCUUCGAAGAGGACAUGAAGUUGUUUCCCCAAGAGAUUAUGGAUCUCCUCAAGAACUACAGCACCCAACUUGAUCCUGAAAUGAGGAUGACAUUUUGCCGCGCCCUCAUCCUGCUGCGGAAUAAGGGGCUCUUGCAGCCGACAGACCUCCUCGAGUUGUUCUUCAGCCUUCUGAGGUGCCAGGACAAAGCGCUGAGGGCAUUUCUCAAAAACCACAUCAUCAUGGACAUCAAGAACACCAAUGCAAAGCGGAAGGAUGCCAAGCUGAACACGACUUUGCAAAACUUUAUGUUUACCAUGCUGAAGGACAACAACAAAGUUGCCGCCAAGACGUCGCUCGACGUUAUGAUUGCCCUGUACAAGAAGAACAUCUGGAACGACGCCAAGACGGUGAAUGCCAUCACCACGGCAUGCUUCCACAAGACAACAAAGAUCAUGGCGACGGCUCUCAGGUUUUUCUUGGGCAGUGACGACGCAGCGGAAGAAGAGGACUCUAGCAGUGAAUCAGAGGAGGAGGGCCCCAGCAUCAAGGAGAUGAUUAUGGCGCACCGGGUGAACAAGAAGUCCCGCAAGCGCAAGCGGCUGCUUGACAGGAGCAAGCAGGCCAAGAAGAAAGCAAAGAAGGACCACAAAGCUCAAGUGUUCAACUUCUCGGCAUUGCACCUUAUUCACGAUCCUCAGUCCAUGGCCGAAAAGCUGCUCAAGUUCCUCCAAGACAUGAACGAGAAGUUUGAGGUGAAGUUGAUGGUCAUCAACCUCAUCUCUCGCCUCAUUGGCGUUCAUGAGCUUUUCGUCUUCAACUUCUACCCGUUCAUACAGCGGUACAUUCAGCCACAUCAGAGAGAGGUGACAAAGAUCCUGCAGUAUGCCGCUCAAGCGUCCCACGAACUUGUUCCUCCUGAUAUCAUGGAGCCCGUACUGAUGACCAUUGCCAACAACUUUGUCACGGAGCGCAACUCCGUCGAGGUCAUGACAGUUGGGCUCAACUCCAUCAGGGAACUAUGCUCCCGCUGCCCCCUGGUGAUGAGUGCCGACCUCCUUCAUGACCUUGCACAGUACAAGUCAUACAGGGACAAGAAUGUGUCCAUGGCUGCUAAGUCACUGAUUCAGCUCUUCCGGACCGUCAACCCUGACCUCCUGGCUCGGAAGUUCAGGGGAAAGCCCACGGAAGAGACGCAAGAGCUCCAAGUGCGGCAGUACGGAGAGCUGAAGGCACCCGGUUUCGUGCCCGGUGCCGAAAUCUUGGACGUCGACAAAGAGGAUGCCGGCGAGGAAGAGGAGGAGGAUGAGGAUGAUGAUGACUCUGACGGGUGGGUGGACGUGCACCAUUCGGACGACGAACCGUCUGCGCCAGGCGAUCAAGGUGACAGCGACGACGAAGAUGACGAAAAGGAGGGAGGCAGCAGCGAAAAGUCGGGAGAAAACGGCGGCAAGCCGGACAAAGUGCUCAGCCUGCAGGAGCGGACGCAGAAAGCCACCCUGGUGUCGGAGACGCGCAUUCUGAGUCAGCAAGAGUUUGCCAAGGUCAGGGCAGCCCAGCUGUCAAAGAAAGUCAAGGCCGCCCUGCCACAGAGGUUCGCCAAGAAGGGUUCCACCACGGCAGCCGCGGAGGUCGACACGACGGCGAUCGGGGAGAGAAAGGAGCUUGUUUCGUUGAAGGACAUCGAGAAGCUUUCCAAAAACCCAAGGAGCACCAAGGAAUCUCGCCUUGCCACCGUGUUGGAGGGAAGGGAAGGGCGCGAGAAGUACGGCUACCGUCAGAAGAAGGGCGAGUUUGCUAGCCGCACCAACAAGGAAAAGCGCAAGACCAAGGCGUUCGGCAUGAUCAAGCACAAGGUGAAGAGGAAGGUGAAGCGAUCCUUCAGGGACAAACAGAUUGCCCUGAGGGACGCACUGCUGAAACAGAAGAAAAGGAGGAAGUGAAGGAACCACUGGAGAAGGGGGUGUUACAUCUCUGUGGCUUUUCUUUUAUUACAACUUGAAACGCUUA